AUGGCCGUCGCAAAAAGCGCAGCUGCCGCUGCUGUUGCUGCAGCAUCGUCUUCGCCUGCAUCGUCUUCUUCAGCAGCAGUAACAGCGCCCACACAACCAGUCUCAACAAAAGCAACACCAGCUUUAGCAUCAGGAUCAGCGUCAGCGACACCGGAAGCUCCAGGUGUAGCAACUGCAACAGGACCACCUCCUCCUCAAUCAACGGAAACCGAUUUAACCAAACGCGAAAAAACACUGGCCGAGUUCUUGGCCAUGAUGGAUAGCUACACACCUAUUAUACCAGAUGCUGUUACAGACUAUUAUCUGAGCCGAACAGGUUUCGAUUGCGACGAUGUGCGAAUAAAACGAUUGUUGGCGUUGGCAGCACAAAAGUUCGUGGCGGAUAUUGCUACGGAUGCAUUCCAAUAUUGUAAAGUGCGACAAUCAGGAAAUCGUAAAACUGGCAAAGUAAGUACCCAGCAUUUGGACAGUGGUAGUAGUAGUAGUAGUAGUAGUACAGUGCUUACUAUGGAAGAUCUAUCACAAGCUUUGGCAGAAUACGGUGUUAAUGUCAAAAAGCCUGAUUAUUACUCGUAA